AUGGAAAACCCCAGUGAAGCUGCCUUGCUUGCACUAAUGGAAAACACAGGUUAUAGUAUGGUGCAAGAAAAUGGACAAAGAAAAUUUGGAGGGCCACCUCCAGGUUGGGAAGGCCCUCCACCACCAAGAGGUUGUGAAGUAUUUGUGGGGAAGAUACCUCGUGACAUGUAUGAGGAUGAAUUGGUUCCUGUUUUUGAAAGGGCUGGAAGAAUUUAUGAGUUCAGACUAAUGAUGGAGUUUAGUGGUGAAAAUCGUGGUUAUGCUUUUGUCAUGUACACAACCAAAGAUGCUGCCCAGAAAGCUAUUCAUAUGUUGGAUAAUUUUGAGAUUCGCCCAGGAAAAUGUAUAGGAGUUUGUGUCAGUCUGGAUAACUGCAGGCUUUUUAUAGGCUCAAUUCCAAAAGAAAAGAAAAAAGAAGAAAUCUUGGAUGAGAUGAAGAAGGUAACAGAUGGUGUUGUGGAUGUUAUUGUCUAUCCAAGUGCUACAGACAAAACAAAGAACAGAGGAUUUGCUUUUGUAGAGUAUGAGUCCCAUAAAGCAGCUGCUAUGGCAAGAAGAAAACUUAUUCCUGGUACUUUCCAACUAUGGGGCCACACUAUUCAGGUUGAUUGGGCAGAACCAGAAAAAGAUGUUGAUGAGGAAACAAUGCAGCGUGUAAAAGUCCUUUAUGUAAGAAAUUUGAUGAUUUCAACUACGGAAGAAACUAUACGGAUUGAAUUUAGCAGAUUUAAGCCUGGAGCUGUAGAACGGGUAAAAAAGCUUACAGACUAUGCUUUUGUACACUUCUUCAAUCGUGAUGAUGCUGUCACUGCUUUGCAUGUCAUGAAUGGGAAGACAAUUGAUGGAUCUAGCAUUGAGGUGACUUUAGCUAAACCAGCUAACAAGGAAGGCAACAGAAGAAGUCAUCAGAAAGGACAGGGCAGUCCUACCUCUGAUGGGCUGUUGUUUCAAAGCAAAGAAAAUGGGCAUUCUGCCACUCCCACAAGGCCCCUUAACAUACCCACGCGAUUUAAUAGUAAUCAUAAUUCCAGUUCACAAGAAGUAGAAAGAUGUAUAUUCCCAUUUUACCCUGGAACUAAUCUGUCAGCAAUAAGUAUGUAUUCAUUAAAGCCAAGUUACUUCUGCUCAGCAGUAACACUACUAGAGUAUUACUGCAACAAAAAUGGAUGGGGGCCCCCAGAAUAUUAUUUGUUUUCCACAGCAAGUCAAGAUGGGAAGCUUCUUUUGAUAUACAAAGUUUUUGUUACUGGUGCUGGCAGUACUUUCAUGCCAGAUAAACUUUGUACUGUCCUGGAGGAUGCCAAAGAGCUUGCAGCACAGAAUGCCCUUUGGAGUUUAGAUUACAGUCAACGUAAUAGCUCUGUAAAUUCCCAGAGCCCUUCACCAUCUUGUUCUAGCCUGGGCAGCACUGUGCUUUCGUAUGGCUGUAGAUCAUACUCAUAUCCAAACUAUCCUCUUUCACCAGCAUUAUCAAUGACAACCGGAAACCAGAUAGGACAGAGGUUAUACAUUUCUAAUCAGUCACCCUAUUUUUAA